UUGUCAUUUAAUUGUUUGAGUAAUUUUCGUAAUUAAGCCGAAAAAUAUGAUAGUUUGUGAUUUUUAACAUUGAAUGCGCUAUUUACACAAAUCUAUACAGCUAAAUACUAUAGAAGACCUUUUCGGCAAUAUGUCCAAGUGGCAAUCGGAGCGAAGCAUCCACGAAAUGUUGAAGGAUACUCCGCCGCUGCGCGAGUCGAGCGACUCUAUCACGUCGGGAACGGAAGCCAAGUUCCCCACUUCGCGGUCCAUGCCUUUCCCACCGGCUUAUGCUCCCCCAGACGUAUCUCAGAAUGGUGCGCAGGGCUCAUCCACCUUGCUGCGUGCCGGCUCCACCAAGCUGGAGUCCAUCAAGAAUUGGAGUGUUUCCACCUACAAGUGCACCAAGCAAUUGCUGUACGAGAAACUCGGCAAGAGCUCCCGCACCGUUGACACAGAGCUAGAAGCGCAAAUAGAGAUGCUACGUGAAACCCAGCGCAAAUACAACGGUGUUCUGCGCCUCAGCACUGCGCUGACCGCUCAGCUCACAGCCUCCUCCAGCACGCAGCGGGCCCUGGGCGAAGCCUUCGCAGAGCUCGCACAGAAGUCACCUGAACUGCAGAACCAGUUCCUGUACAACGCGGACACGCAGCGCUCCCUGACGCGCAACUGCGACACGUUGCUGGCCGCGCUGCACUUCUUCAACAAUGCACUCAACACUCUCACCAACCGGACUAUGGAAGACACCCUGUUGACUAUACGACAGUAUGAGGCUGCCAGGGUGGAGUACGACGCGUACCGCAGCGAGCUGGAGGCCAGCGGCGGGAACCCGCCCGAGCUGCUGCUGGGCAACAUCGAGCGGCAUCGCCGACACUACGAGAGGCUACGAGAUGAUUCCGCUGUCAAACUGCAACUCUUGCACGAGAACCGGGUGAAAGUGAUGAACAAGCAGCUGCUGCUGUUCCACAACGCGGUGUCGGCGUACUUCAGCGGCAACAACGUGGCGCUCGAGGCCGCCGUGCGGCACUUCAGCGUGCCCGUGCUGCAGCACGCGCCCCACCCGCCCCAUCCCGCGCACACGCCGCUGCCCUCCACCGCGCCGCCGCCGCCGCCGCCGCCGCGCUCCGCGUAGGACUUCGCCCCACCGACAUACUAGCACGGGCGUCAACUCGGGAACUAAGAAAUGCAACUUUCAGUUUGACGUACGAUUACAAUAAUAAUAUGGAAACUUUGAUCUCUAUGUAGUGUGUUAGGCGUACAAUCUGAGAAAGGAUUCACAUAUUUGCUGUGUCAACUGGCAUUUGAAAAGUACGGUAAACUGUACUUUCGACACGACAAGUUGAAUUAUGGCGACUUUCUUAAAUUGUAAGCGUAAUAUCGAAGGUAAUUAAAACUGGAGCCUACUGCGUUCGCACAGUUUAGGACUUCGCCCCACCAACAUGUUAGCGUGGGGUCCACGCUUGGAACUAAUGGAAUUUUCAGUUGGACAUAAGAUGUGUGGUUAAACUUUCAUGUUAAUGUCAAAAAAAAAAAACAGAAAAGCAAUGGGGUACACAAUAAAUUACAUGCAAGCGCACAAGGGCAGGCCUUGGAAAGGACUUUUGAUUUAAAAACUUAUGACUUUGUUAAAUGAAAUAUAAAGUAGCAGCUGUUCUGAAGAAAUAAGUAACUGUAGAAGAAGAGUUUGCAAUAUGGAUUAUACUUGAGCCAAGUAUAAGUAAAAGGUGCAUAAUUGUAGGACUCUGCUUGAGAAAAACUGCAUAAAUGAGUCUUAAUACAAUAUUAUAUUAUAAGUUUUAUAUUGUACAAGACAAACUCAAAUAUAUACCUAAGUAUUUCGAAAAUAGACUUGAUUAUUUUUUUAUUAGUGAAUAAUUAAUUAAUGUUGAUGCACUUUAUUUAUAAUAUAGAAAUAGGAAAUGUACUUAGUCGAUUGUGAAAAUAAAAGUUUGUGCUUGAAAUAUAUCUCAAAAAAUAUUCAAAUUCACUAAGUAUGUUAUGGGACAAUAUGUUUCAUAAAUGAUAUUGCACAUAUUUUGAAUUUUACUUCAAAUCAAAACAAUAUAAAUAGGUAUACAAAUAUAUAUUAUUAUUAACUUGAAUAUUUCAAUUUAGUACUUAGCCAAAUAUCCUCGGAGCUUCAAUGAAAUUGUCUCUUCUAGUCAUUAUACGUAUAUAUCAGUAUAAUAUAUAGGGUAAAAAUAAAUAUAAAAUAAUACUAUGACUAUACAACCAUCAAAAUUAAAUGUUUUAAAAAUCUAUAUCUCUAAUAUUAUAUUAUACUUACCUAUAGUAAUUUGAUAGUAUUAUGUUGUUUAAAUGAAUUGACUGCUAAAAUAUUUUAAAAUACCAAAUAUUAUAUACCUAAAACAAUUAGUGAGUUAUCAUUCCAAUAUUAAUUGAUUUAUUAAUUAUGUGAUUUUAGUUUUAACUUAUUCAAUUAGCUACCUAAUUAAAAAUCAAUAAAUAUAGUUGUUGUCAGUACUAUUUCCAGUGCACAUGCAAAGUAAACUAAAUAGAAAAAUUCUAUACAUAUUUAAAUUAUUAUACAUACAUAUAGGUCAUAUAUACAUAGACCCAUAUUAUCAUGUAUUUUGAAUUCCUGUAAGUUUCUAUAUUAAUACAAAAUAAUGUGCUUACUUGAGAUCCGUUUCAAAAGGUUUAAUAUAAUUUUAAUUACAGGUUCGAAAUAUGUACUAGGAGUAAGAAUUGACAAUAUUCCUUAUUAGAUAGCCUGAAUAUAGGGCUUAUGGACAAUUUGAAUACAAUAGCUAGUCAAACUGCAUUUUAGUUAUUUCACUGUGGAGUAUUAUUUUCAUUAAUUAUUGUGAAUAU